GGUCCUGGAGGAGAUUUGCAUGGCACCCUCUCCCUGGACCAACAGCGGUCCAGGUCUGCAGACGUCACUGGUCGAUGAUCUUUGUUUUCUCCCCACCUCUCGGUGGAGGAAUACAAGUUUCUCAUCCAGCCAGGGACGGGACGGUCUCCUCUGCCGUUCUUCUCCUCCAUCUGUCGGCUUGCACUGGGCUAUUUCUCUUGUAUGGUGGAUAUCCUGCUCAAUACUUCUUUCUUGGAUGAUAUGGGGGAUCAUUCAAAAAAGAAGUCGGGAAUCGCAAUGUGUGUGGGCUGUGGAAGUCAGAUACACGACCAGUACAUCCUGAGAGUCUCCCCGGACCUGGAGUGGCAUGCAGCCUGCCUCAAGUGUGCAGAGUGCAGCCAGUACCUGGACGAGACCUGCACUUGCUUCGUCCGGGACGGAAAGACUUACUGUAAAAGAGAUUAUGCAAGGUUAUUUGGCAUCAAAUGUGCAAAGUGUAACAUGGGCUUCUGCAGCAGCGACCUGGUGAUGAGAGCUCGGGAUAACGUGUAUCACAUGGAGUGUUUUCGGUGCUCGGUGUGCAGCCGUCACCUCCUGCCGGGGGACGAGUUCUCUCUGCGGGACGAUGAGCUUCUGUGCCGGGCGGAUCACGGCUUGCUGGUGGAGCGGGCCUCUGCAGGCAGCCCGCUGAGCCCGGGGAGCGUCCACAGCCGACCAUUGCACAUCUCCGAACCAGUGUCAGUCCGGCAUCCUCCUCAUCACCGGAACCACGGCCACAACAAGACUGAGAAGACGACCCGGAUCCGGACGGUGCUGAACGAGAAGCAGCUCCACACCCUGCGGACCUGCUACAACGCCAACCCGCGACCGGACGCUCUGAUGAAGGAGCAGCUGGUGGAGAUGACCAGCCUGAGCCCCAGGGUGAUCCGGGUCUGGUUCCAGAACAAGCGCUGCAAAGACAAGAAGAGGACCAUCCUGAUGAAGCAUCUGCAAUCACAGCACCACAGCGAGAAAACCAACCUGCAGGGCAUGACAGGCACCCCCCUGGUGGCAGGCAGUCCGAUCCGGCACGACAACAGCGUGCAGGGGAAUCCUGUGGAGGUGCAGACCUACCAGCCCCCCUGGAAGACCCUCAGCGACUUCGCCCUGCAGAGCGACCUGGACCAGCCCGCCUUCCAACAGCUGGUGUCAUUUUCUGAGUCGGGCUCUCUGGGCAACUCCUCGGGCAGUGAUGUGACCUCUCUCUCGUCUCAGUUACCGGACACACCGAACAGCAUGGUGCCGAGUCCCGUGGACACGUGAAGAGGCCUCGAGGUCAGCUGGAGCCGCCGAGCGCGCACCCGCGUCCUCUGCAUGGGGACGCGCAGAGACCUCUGUGACAUUCAAUCAAAGAAAAACGAAUUAAAGGACCAGGAUGGAUUAUGCUGCAGGAUACAUUCAUGUGACGACCGGAGGAUUGGAGGACUAUUCCCUUUACAUUUAACCGUUUAAGCUCAUUGUGUUGCUCAAGGACACUUCGGCAGGACACACGGCUGUUGAUGGACUUAAUGGGCUUCUAGUUAUGGGACAUUUUACCAUAAUGCCAAUACCUGAACUGGCCAAAGCGUGGUGAAUAUUUUACGGGAUUCAAACACGUGAGCCUGUAUUGGACGUCCUAAGGUUACAUUGUGUUUAUACAAACUGUGUAGAUGUGCAUGAUUUGUAAGUUUCAAUAUCGUCUCUUGUAAAUUAAUGAAACAGAAAAUAAGUUAUUAUUAUUAUUUAUUAUGAAGACAGACAUAGCCCGAGCUUAUCAAUAAAACCAUAGUUUCAAAUGAUGAUUGCAUGCAAAUUCAAUUUGUUUCGUAAAACUGAAGAUUUCUUUUAAAUAGGCUAAAUGAAUCAUUUUAAAGGUCAAUGGAAACUGCUGCUUAUAAUGCUUGACACUGUUUGAGUUGGAGGUUAGAGUUGAAAUAGCUUCCCAGCUUCUGUACUACAAUUCAACAUUUUACAAGGGCUAAAACGUAUACAAAUAAAUACUUAAACUCAA